CGAUCCGCCUCGUGGAAGAGACUGCGCCGCUUCCAGGUUCGCCUGCUCCCGGGGGCGGGUGGCAGGGAGGAGCCAGCGCCGUAGGUGUUUGGGAAGAGCCGGGCAGGGACUCGGCAGGAGCCAAGAGCGGCGGAGACCCGAGGGAAUCGCUGCCCGGAGUGAAGCGCGCGCACACGAGGAGAUAACGCACUGGGUUCCUUUCAUCUCUCAACAUUUAUUGGAACUCUUGCUCACAGGAUUAUCAACAAUCAAUCAGCACUUCAGGAAAGUGUAGCGUCUCUUUCAACAUGACCUGUGCAAAUACAAGUCACCCAAAAGCCCGGAUAAUGACUACCACUCUAGUGGUGACACGCCGUGUUUUGAGAGAGGACAGGGGCACAGAGGGGAAUUUUCUCCUGUAUGGAUCCACUGCAUCUGAGGUGACUGAAGAAACUGAAUAUAUCAAACAGAUUAGAUCGACGCUAGCAAAAGUUCAGCCUCUGCUGUGUAGAAAUGACUCAAGCCAUGGUGUUGGAAACAUCAUGCUGGAUUCAAAGCCAUAUUCUGAAGGAUCUGAAUUGCGACCUGAUCACAACGCCCUCUCCUCCAGCUACAAGGAGACAGUGGAAAAGACGAACAAAGCAGAACAGGAACUGUCACGCGUGAAUAAAGAAAACGAAAUUUUAAAGAUCAAGCUUGACGCUUUGAGAGCAGUGGGCAUGGAGUCUAUGAAGAACAUGUCGCAUAAACUCCAGGAGGACUACAACAAGCGCUCGGAAGAGCUCAAGAAAAGGCAUGAAGGGGCUAUUCACGUAAUGAAGGCCCGCAAGCUAGAGCAAGAACAAAAGUUGCAGCAAAGCACGGACCACCUCAGUCAGCUGAAUGUGCAACUGCAUGAGAAGUAUGCCCAGAUUGAAGAACUGGAGAAACGGGUGCAAAGGAUGGAAGAGGAGAAGAAAACACUGAAAGAAAAGAAACGUUGUUUAAAGAAGAAACUACACGAGAUGAUGUCGAACGCUGAAGAUACCUCAAGCUGUGUGAAAGUUCAGACAGAGAUCUCAACACUUCAGGAGCAAAUUAGCCACUUGGAGCACAUGAUCCAUUCGCAGCACCAAAGCUUACACGGUGUGAUUCAACAGAUUGAAGAACUGAACAACGAACUGAAACAUCAAGAUGAAAGAAUAGAAGGGCUGAAAGAAAAGAUUGAGAUACUCCAAGCAAAGAACAAAGAACUAAAGUACAAAGUGGAAUUCUAUUCCAGCCAGUCGAGACCAAAGGCCUCUAAAGCUGUUUCAGCAAAGCUUGACGGAAGUACACCAUACACCAUGAUUUCCAGACGCCAUAAGUGAAGCAUCUCCAGGAAACACAGGCCAUUUUUUUUUUUGCAGAUCCACCGGAAGGAUCCCAGUUUUGUUGACUUCAUUUCAUGGAUUACUCUUCAAAAUAUGAUGCAUAGGAGAGAGAGAGAAGUCUACCCAACCUCCGCCCUCCAUCCAUCACAUCAUGUUUGGUCUUAUGUCAAUGCAGAUGGAACCACAGGAUGGCUGUCCAAUGAAAGAAGUGGAGUCAGAUUUGGAGGGGGAGCUUCAGGGGAGACUGGGCAGCUUCUUAUUUAUUUAUUUAUUUAUUGACUGUAGCUCUGUGGCUAUUCCCCACCAGUGAUGAAUGUUCACUGCCUUGACUCAUUAACUCAUGCAGAAUAAAUUUCAGAACAUUAUUCAUGCUGCAUGGAGGUCUGAUGAAGCUGAUCUUCACUAGGAAGAGGAAAAAGGUUAUUGCAUGCCCUUCACCUUGAAGUACCAGGGUGGGUUACAACAAUUUAACAUGCACCACAAAAACGGUUUAAAACAACUUGCCACCCCCAAAAUAGGGUGGAUCCUAAAAUUAAGCAUCCCGAGUGUCAAGUGCCAGGAGAAAAAGGUGCAUCUUCAGCAUUCAGUGCAGGUGCCAGAUGCCAUUCUGCAAGGAGGGACUUCCACAACUUAGGGGCUGCUGCAGAGAAUGUCCUCUCCUGGAUCACAGAUACACUCUGAAUUUCUGAGGGAGGUGGAACUGUGAAGAGAACUCCCUCUGCUGAUCUUAACACAAGAAGGUCCAUCGGAAAGAAGAUGUUUCAGAUAUGAGGACCCUAAGCUGUUUAGAGCUUUAAACGUAGGUGAGCAUCUUGAAUUGAACCCCAAAUCUAACUGGCAACUGUUGUAGCUUUUUAUUUUUUUUCAAAGGGGUUUUACAUUGUGAGGCCUUGUUUCUCCCAUAGUCACAGCCUUGUUGGAAUCAAGCAUGGCUCUGACUCCCAGCUUCUGCCUGCAGCCUGCUUUUUGCUCACUUCACACACAACUCUGGCCUUUGUCCUUCUCACUACCAGCCCGAUGAGGGAGGGGCCCUACCCAUUUGCCCUCUGGCACAAAGCAACUUCCCUUCUUAUACUAAUGACCAGUAAAGGUAAAGGUA